AUGGUAAGCUCCAGCCCAACAACCGAGCUCACAGGGGCCUGGCUGAUAGUACAGCCCAAAGCCUUCCGAACCAAGCUAAGGCAACAUGCGCCAGCAGCGGCGUUGCCAUCCAAGCGGUCUUUUGCGGUUGAUGAAGCUAAAGAGGUGAUCCUCCCUGGGUCGGCUCUGCCUGUAGAGGCCAGCUCGAACCCUUUUGCCAGCGCUGUAGCCGGCCCAUCCAGGAAGAAGGGUCUUGUGAUCCCUCAGUCAGCCAUCCCACCUCCCCUCGCAGCUCACCCAUACUCCCGCUCCCAUACUCGCCGCGAAAAGCGCAAGCAGAAGCAAAACCUGCACGGCGGUACCCUCGAUGUCGUCGCCGAUGCUCUUCUACAGGCUGUAGACGAGUCCGAAGAGGAUGAGCCCUUGGUAGACGAGCCCAGAAUGGGUAGGGGAGCCAAAAAGGCAGAAGCCAAGGAGAAGGCCAAGCGGAAAGAGAAGGACGGCGAGGGGUUGAUCGGCGAGGGGAAGGGUCGGACGAUGCGGGAGAAGGCUAGGAGGAAGCAAAUCAAGAUCGAGGGGAUGAGAAUCCCGGCUAUCAUGACUCACCCCGAGUACAAGAAGGAUCCUUGGGCCAUCAUCCGUCUGCACGCUAGUAAUACUCUGGAGUCCGCUCCUACCGUUGGCAAGCCGGCUCGCGCUAUCGGCAAUAUCAAAGUCAACGGGAUGACCGGAGACGGGAUGGAGGGGAUCGACCAAUCUCUGGAAGCCAACUUGAUUGGUGCUACAUCUGUGUAG